AUGAGCUGGAGUGAUCUGCUCUCCGGGGCCGCCUCCGCCGUCCUCGGCAAGGUCCCCGAGAAGGUAGUGGACUUGCUUGUCUCGUUCUUCCAGUCCGAGAUCUCCCUUAUCUCCGGCCUCGAAGACGAGAUCGGCAAACUCCGAAGAACCUGCAAACGGAUCCACUCCCUCCUCACCGACGCCGAGGAGCGCCGCUACAUCGAGGACGACUCCGUCAAGCUCUGGCUCCUCGAACUUAAAGACGUCGCUUUCGCCGCCGAUGAACUCCUCGACCGCCACCAGACACAGCUCAAUCUCUUCUCCCUCCAUAAGAGCCACAAGCGGAAGCGCUCCUGGUCUCCUCCUUCCCUAGGCCUUGGCCAUGACCCAGUUUUUCGCCAGCGCCGGAUGCUGGCGACCCAGAUAGCCCAGAUCAACAAGAAGCUGGAUGAGAUCGCCGAGGCUCGGAGGAAUCUCCAUAUGGGGGCCAAAGAAGGGAGGAGAAGGGGGAAAAUGAUAGAAAGCUCGCUCCUUUCUCAAUCUGUGGCCUCUUGUGGGAGCUCUCAUAUUAUCGACCGAGUUGAGAAGGCAGACAUCGUUCCAGCAUUGACGUCGGAACAUGGAAUUGACCUCCCUGUUCUUCCGAUUUAUGGAGCUCCUGGAAUGGGUAAGACCACUCUUGCUCAAUUAGUCUACGAUGACGCUAAAGUGAAAAGUUAUUUCGAUUUGAGGAUUUGGGUUUGUCUCUCCGAAGGAUUUGAUGUGAGAAGGGUUACGAAAGAGAUUAUAGAAGCUUUAGAUGCCGGGAAAAGAUGUGAUUCGAGCCUGGACUUGCUGCAGCGUCAGCUCGGGGGCAUGGUGAGUGGGCGCAAGUUUUUGCUGGUGCUGGAUAACUUGUGGGCUGAGAAUUUCCAGUUCUGGGAGACGCUGCGGCUUCCUUUGAUGGCUGGAGGAAAGGAAAGUAAGGUUUUGAUCACUGCUCGGAGUGAAAUAGUUUGCCGGCGAAUGCCCAUACUGCAUCGGACUGAUUUGACCGGUCUGAAUGUGCAUGAUUGUUCAAAGCUGCUCCUUAAUCAGGCAUUCCCACACGGGUGUUCGAGCCAACAUCCAAAUUUGGAAGAGAAAAGCAUGAGGAUCGUCAAGAGAUGCCAAGGAUCCCCUCUGGCAGCAAAGUUGCUUGGUUGCCUCCUGUACAAUGUGACAGAGGAAGAUGAGUGGGAAGACAUGCUAUAUGAAGUGUGCUCAUUGGAAGAGGAUGCAAAUGGCAUACUGCCAAGCUUAAUGAUCAGUUAUAAUCAUCUGGAUUAUCAUCUUAAGCAGUGUUUUAAAUACUGCUCUAUGUUUCCUAAUGGUUACAAGUUUGAUAGGGAUGAGUUGGUCAGGUUGUGGAUGGCAGAAGGUUUGAUCCAGCGCAAUAGGAGCAGAAGUACUCUGGAGGUGAUAGGUGGUAAGUACUUUGAUAAUCUAUUGUGGAGGUCAUUUUUUCAAGUCUCUGGUAAUCAAGGACAGAAACAGAAAUAUAGAAUGCCAAGCCUUAUCCAUGAUCUAGCGCGACGAGUUUCUAAACCUGAAGGUUUGGUUGUGGGACAAUAUGUUUCAUGUGAUCAACCCGAAUGGGUACGCUAUGCAUCUUUGUUUCAUGAAAAUAGUUGGGAGACAGUGGCAUUCGACAAACUAUACAGAUAUGGAAAUUUACGGACUUUUAAAUUGUCUGCUGAGUUUAGAGUGCGUGUAAAGCAGGUCCCAGCACAUCUUUUUCUUAAAUUAACAUGCUUGCGGGUUUUAGAUCUCAGCUUUAGUGAGAUAGAAGAAUUGCCGGAUUCAGUUGGUGAUUUGAUACACCUGAGAUAUCUUGGCCUUUACGGAACUAAAAUCCAAACUCUGCCUGAAUCAGUUUGCUGGCUUUACAAUCUGCAGACACUGGAGCUUGGUGAGUGCUAUGGGCUUCGAGAGUUACCCAAAGGAACAACCUACAUGGUUAACCUACGGCAUCUUGGUUUGCAUGUUGACUGGGAGAGUGAUGCUGAUUCGUUGAUGUCUAUGCCACAAGGAAUUGGAAGGUUAACUUUGCUGCAGACAUUGUCAAGAUUCAUUGCGGCUUCUGAGAAUGGAUGCAACAUAGGAGAGCUGGAGGACCUGAACCUUCGAGGAGAGCUUUGCAUCUCAAAGCUAGAAAAUGUUGUUGAUGUGAUGGAUGCUCGAAAGGCCAAUUUGAAUCGGAAGCAAAUUGAAAAUUUGAAGUUGCAGUGGAGCACUACAAUCAAUCAUACUGCUCCACAGGGUGGGAGUGAUUGUGAAAGGGUUAUUGCAUGUCUCCACCCUCAUACUAGACUCAAAAAUCUAUGGAUAGAGAACUAUCCUGGCAGCAAUUUUCCAGAUUGGAUUGGGGGCAUUUCUUUCUCACACUUGGAAACUUUGAGACUCUCCUGCUGCAAGAAUUGUGAACAACUCCCAUCGAUAGGGAAACUACCUCGUCUCAGAAAUCUGUGUAUAAAAGGUAUGCAUCGAGUGAGAAGAAUGGGAAAUUUUGAGGGAUUUCAAUCUCUAGAGAAGCUCACCUUAUCAGACAUGCCUAACUUGGAGAGAUUUUUUGAAGUGGAAGGUGGUAAAUUUCCUAUGCUUCGUGAACUUUCCAUUUCGCAUUGCCCUGAACUGGAAGAACUGACUGUCCUUCUACCUAUGCUCAUGAAAUUCGAGUUAAGAAACUGUCAGAAAUUGACUUUGCUUCCAGAGUGCCCAUCCCUACACAACUUAAUACUAGAAAGAGGCAGUGAGUCAAUGAUCAGAUGGAUUGGUCAUCUGACUUCUCUGACCUCAUUAACUCUCUCUCAUUUUACUGGUUGUAUUUCCAGGAGCUCUCUCAAUAUGUUGACUUCUCUUAAGGAAUUGAAGAUCGAUGGACGUGAUUGUAAGUUCUUGUUUCUCUGGAAUGCAUAG